CGCGCUAUGCUGUAUGGAGGACGGUGAGGUGGCGGCAACCGGUGGGGGAGGAGGCGCACGGUGUCGCUGCCCCUCCCCCUCGGAGGUCUCCUAGGGGUUGAGGAGGCCGCCCCCCCACCCCGCCCGUGCCAACCAAGCCAUGUUGAUCCCGGCUUGGUUGGUCAAAGGCAGCGCCUGUGGGUGGAGGCUCCUGAGGAGUGCAAGCCCGGGAAGCUCCUUUAGAGCCACCGCAGCGGCGGCGGCAACCGCGGCGACAAGGCUAGGAGGAGGCGCACGUUGCGGGGACCCUCGAGCAACGGUCGCGGCCUCUGCGUUGAGUGGCCUCGCGGCGCCUUCGUCUUGCGCCAGGCGCCGUGAGCUACUGCGCGUGCGCCCGCCCGGCGCCGAGCAGCUGCUCUCAGCGCCGAGUCCCACCUUCGUUUGCCCCUGCCGUGGGCCGGGACAGCCGCGACGCUCACGCACCAGCCAUGAAGGCGCGCCUCGGCCGCCCGAGGACCUCUCGCAGCGCGCCCCCGGAGGAGCGCCCCCUCGCACGUACGCUGAACUGUAUGAAAACCCCUGGACAAUUCCCAAUUUACUUUCAAUGGCUAGGAUUGGACUUGCACCAGUUUUGGGUUAUUUGAUUGUUGAAGAAGAUUUUAAUAUCGCAUUGGGUGUGUUUACUCUGGCUGGCAUAACAGAUCUGUUGGAUGGCUUUAUUGCACGUAACUGGGCCAACCAAAAAUCUGCAUUGGGGAGCGCCUUGGACCCUCUGGCUGAUAAAAUUCUUAUUAGCAUCCUGUAUAUUAGUCUGACCUAUGCAAAUCUUAUUCCAGUUCCUCUUACAGCUUUGAUCGUUUUAAGGGAUAUUGCAUUGAUUGCUGCUGUUUUUUAUGUUCGAUACAAAACUCUUCCUCCACCAAAAACACUUAGUAGAUAUUUCAAUCCCUGUUAUGUCACUGCUCAGUUAAAGCCAACAUUUAUCAGCAAGAUAAACACUGUAAUGCAGCUCAUCUUAGUGGCAGCUUCACUAGCAGCUCCAGUUUUCAAUUAUGUGGACAGUGUAUAUCUUCAGUCCUUAUGGUGCAUCACAGCUUUCACAACAACAGCGUCUGCAUACAGUUAUUAUCAUUAUGGCCAGAAAACAGUUCAGGUGCUGAACAACAAGUGAAGUCUUGCAGAGUGACUGCUUACCUCCAUUUGGUUCAAUGUUGGAAUGGUGUAGUCCGUAUCUGGAUUAUGGAUAACAAACUUUCCUUUUGAUAGCUUUGCCUCAAUUUAACCAUGUCUUUACAUUGAAGCUAAAAUGAAGUUUUGAUCAUGUAAAUAUGCAGGAUUUCCAAUGUAAUUUUUCAAUUUGUUUCAAAUAAAGUAUAAUUUUUUACCUUAA